AUGUGGAAGCAAUCCCCUUACGCUUUCUACUUCAGUGCUAUUUUAUAUGGCCGUAUGGUAUGCGCAUUGGAGUUGCGCAGAACUUACUGGACCUUUGUGAUUCCACCAGUUACAGGAAUAUCCCGUAUCCAGACACAAGUGAUCGGGGAGCAAGAUCUGAGAGAAACCAUGACUGAUACAGUAGAACAGAGGUUGAUAAAGGGAUUGAAGUCCUUUCCAAAAUACAUCCCUGCCUGGUACAAAUACGACACCCUUGGUUCAGAACUGGAGCUCGAAUGUAGAGAUACAGCUAAAAACACUGACUAUUACCUGUAUCGAUGUAUGACAUCUUGCCUACAGUCAAACAUACAGGAGAUCGUACCGAACAAGAAGACAUCGUACAAGUUGGUCGACCUCGGGAGUGGAAAUUGUUCUAAGACCAGACACGUCAUAGAUCAGCUCCUUCUAACUCAAAAACAGCUGGCAUUUUAUCCUGUAGACAUAUCGAAAGAUUUUCUGAUGCGCACGGUGGAUAAUCUGUACGAGGAGUAUGGCAGGAGAUUGGUUAUCUAUCCUACGACCGAGAAUUACAUGAAUGGUAUUGAAAAAUUGAGGCACUUGGAGGGUCCGAAGGUUAUACUGUGGUUCAACGCCAUAUUGAAUCUUACCUACCGUGACCAGGUGGAAAUUCUAAGACAGAUAUCGACAAUUAUGACGGGGGAUUGCCACUUGAUAUUUAGUACCGACAUCACACAGGACGAAACCUCUAUAUUGAAGGCAUACGACGACAAGAAAGGCAAGUACGCAAGACUUUAUAUUAGUAAGGUGAUACUGCAAAGUUCAGAUCCAAAGACAGUCAGUAAGAGUCAUUCUCUAUCACACCACUACUCAUAUGUAACGAAACGAGAUGCCCAGGGUCCCUGCCUCGCUCAACUGCAUGUUUAA